GAAGGAGAUGAUUGGCUUGCCGGUCGGAAGUAUCCUCCGCUUGAAGCUAGAAGGCUAAUUUUCUGCCCUUGUUUGGUUUUUUUACUAACAGAUAUAGAUACUAAUGGUUUUAUUUUUCUGGAUGAGAUAUACGACAUUACUCGUAAACGGUGUCAUCGUCAUAAGGUCUAUGUUUGUAUGUUCCCAGCACAACUGGUAUGUCAUCAGAGGACAUUGAACUCACGGGUGGAUCGCGACAACGGUCAGCAGCACUGCAUUAUCUCCCUGGUCUUGAGGACUACGGAUGUCCCGUACACUGACCGCCAUGGCUGACAGCACCCCGGGGGGGUACGGGUCCGAGCCGGGUCCGCGGCCCGCUCCAGGGCCUUACAUCUCGGCCGUGACCAACAGGACCACAAACCUGGUCAUCCGGGGGGCCAUGCUGUUCUCGGUGGGGGUCUUCCUGGCACUGGUGCUCAACCUCUUGCAGGUGCAGAGGAAUGUGACGCUGUUCCCACCGGAUGUCAUUAGCAGUAUCUUCUCUUCUGCCUGGUGGGUGCCCCCUUGCUGUGGCACCGCCUCCGCGCUGAUUGGCCUCCUGUACCCCUGCAUCGACAGCCGAUUGGGCGAGCCCCAUAGGUUCAAGCGGGAGUGGUCCAGUGUGAUGCGCUGCGUGGCUGUCUUCGUGGGCAUCAACCACGCCAGUGCUAAAGUGGACUUUGCCAACAAUGUCCAGCUGUCUCUAACUCUGGCGGCGUUGUCGGUCGGCCUAUGGUGGAGCUUUGACCGCUCUCGCAGUGGCUUCAGCCUGGGUGUGGUCAUCGCCCUGCUGGCCACACUGGCCACCCAGCUGCUGGUCUACAAUGGGGUGUUUCAGUAUACGUCCCCUGACUUCCUGUACAUCCGCUCCUGGCUGCCCUGUAUCUUCUUUGCGGGGGUCAUCACCAUGGGCAACAUCGGGCGACAGCUGGCUUUGUAUGAACACAAAGUUGCGCUGGAGAAAACCCACCAGGACUAAAGAGCCGGUUCACCACCAGGACUAAAGAGCCGUUUCACCGCCAGGACUAAAGAGCCGUUUCACCGCCAGGACUAAAGAGCCGUUUCACCGCCAGGACUAAAGAGCCGGUUCGCCACCAGGACUAAAGAGCCGGUUCGCCACCAAGACUAAAGAGCCGGUUCACCACCAGGACUAAAGAGCCGGUUCGUCACCAUGGCUCCAGAAGGACUGCCCUCUCCUUCUCUGUGUGCCGGCGCCGAGUCAUAAAAGGACAUCUGGACGCAUCAGUGAUCGGGAUUGGUAAACCCUGGAACGGGGGGGGCAGCAGUCACUGGCUGCACGGUGCCAUCCAUCAACAGACAGUGUUUUGAUUGGCUCUCUCAGUAGCUCGUCGACGCUCUCACCACUGCCACUCGGGCUCCGAUGUGAACCUUCGUCUGCAGCUCAUCGGGUCCAAGUGAAGGGAACAAAGGCUUCCAUUUUUAAAUCAACCAUUCCAGUGCGUAGAACUGAGCUGCCCUCAUGUUAUCAGACACCUCAACUGGAAGGCUGUCCAUCGGCGAGACAUUGGUCCUGAGCUCGGUUCUGAUUUACAGCGGUUCUGGAGCUGUAGGCUGUAUUGUGCCAAAUACUCACAAGACAGGAACUCUGUGUUUUCUAGCAUUCUCCUGUUUUGUUGUUAUCUAUAGACAUUAACACAGGUGGAGAAAGGAUUCUCGGCUGUACCCCACUUUUAUCUUUAUAUGGCAUAUAGCGUAUUGCAUAUGACACAAUUCUGUUGUCUAGCAUUGUUUGCAUAAGAUCCACUGACUCCACUCACACAUUUUGAGUGUUAAGCAAUGACUGCGUUACGUCUGUCUCCAAAAAACAUUCUCUGAAAAGGUGUCUCAAAAAUCGAAGGUUGGAGGGUUGACAUCCAGGCAACAAUCUGCAAUUUAACGAUGGUGUAAAAACAUUAGGAAUUUUAUGACUGUGAAGUAAAUUCCAAGAGACAUUGAAAAAUACUGCUGUUCCAUUGCACUUUGAUGUUUCAUGGACACACUGAUGCAUAUCUUGAUGAUCUAUUUUAAUCUUUUAAUUUGCUCUGGACACCGUGUAGGAGCAGUGUUCUGAGACUGAAUUAUUCCAAAUGUUAACAUUUUCAAGUGUAAAUCCUUAAGAUUGUCAAAUCAAAACCAACACCAAACUGAUGUUUUAGAACAGUUUAUCCUUCAAGCUGUUAAAAGUCACCUACAGUCUUGAUCAAGCUUUGGGUAUUCUUAGUGUAAUGUCACAAAUAAAAUGGCAACAACUUUCUGGUA